GCGGCGUCUCCUCCCCGCGCAGCCCGCCCGCCGGCGGCUGGCCCUGCUCACGAUGAUGAAGAAGAAGAAGUUCAAGUUCAAGGUGGACUUCGAGCUCGACGAGCUCUCCUCCGUGCCGUUCGUCAACGGGGUGCUCUUCUGCAAGAUGCGGCUGCUGGACGGCGGCAGCUUCACCGCCGAGUCCUCCAGGGAGGUGGUGCAAGCAAACUGCGUUCACUGGAGAAAGAAGUUCUCGUUUAUGUGCAAAAUGAGCGCCAGUGCCACCACGGGCAUCCUGGAUCCUUGUGUCUACAGGGUAUCUGUAAGGAAGGAAUUAAAAGGUGGAAAAGCUUAUGCAAAGCUGGGCUUUGCAGAUCUAAACCUGGCAGAGUUCGCUGGAUCAGGAAAUACCACUCGUCGCUGUUUACUGGAAGGCUAUGAUACCAAAAAUACAAGACAGGAUAAUUCCAUUCUUAAAGUGUUGAUCAGUAUGCAGCUGAUGUCUGGUGACCCAUGUUUUAAAACGCCUCCCUCCACAUCGAUGUCAAUACCAAUUGCUGGUGAAUCUGAGUUUCUGGAAGAAGACAGAAAAGGUGGAGAGACUCUCAAAGUCCAUCUUGGAAUAGCAGAUCUUUCAUCAAAGAGCGCCUCCGUUCCAGAUGAACUUGGCGCCUGGGGACAUUCCAGAACAUCAAGUUAUGCAAGUCAGCAGUCCAAAGUAUCAGGGUACAGCUCAUGUCACUCCCGGUCAUCCAGCUUCUCCGAGUUCUGCCACCGGAGAAAUACCUCCGUGGGAAGUGCAUCCACGGGAAUUGAAAGUAUUCUAGAACCGUGUGAUGAAUCUGAGCAAAAAACCCCAGAACCAAGUCUUGACAUAACUGAUAAAGAAGAUGAAGCUUCGGAAAAACUCAGCAGGGACCCAGCGAGCCAGGACUCCGUCGAGUCUCAGCUGAAGCGAGUUGACGACACCAGAGUGGAUGCAGAUGACAUUGUGGAGAAAAUCUUACAAAGCCAAGACUUCAGCCUAGAUUCCAGCGCAGAAGAAGAAGGACUGCGUUUAUUUGUGGGCCCUGGAGGAAGCACCACCUUUGGCAGUCACCACCUUCCGAACAGGGUGGGAUCCGGAGCUUAUGAACAAGUUGUGAUCAAACGCUAGGAGUCAAGCCAGUGACCAGAAGCUUCUGUGUGGAUAUGCAUUGUGGACAACUGGUGUAUCAAGGUGUUUUAAUCAAGCUUGUUAAAAAAAAAAAAAAAAAAAAAAAAGGAAAAUGAACCUGUUUUUAAAAAGUGAAGUUCAUUUGUCAAGAUGAAAGCAACACUGAUUCCUGCUCUGAAAGUUCCCUUGCGGCCUCUUCCCACUCACUGCGCGGGGACACCUGGGCAGUGAGCCAGGGCCGCCGGCCUGCGACCCCGCCCAGGAUGGAAAGACCUGCUGUGUCUCCCAGGGGGGCAACAGCACGGGACGCCGUCUGAGUGUGAUUCAUUCCAGUGUCAAGUCUGUGGUAGAGGCGCUCAGCAGAUAUGCACUCUGUAUUUUUUAUUUUAGGCUUGAGACAAAGUUCUAUAAGAUCAUUGUAAUUCCUAUUGAGAAAGUCUUCCAUGGCCUACUACCUACAGUAUUGUCCUAAGUCUAUUAUUAACUUCUUCUUAUGCAAAAAUUGACAUGAAGUGUGGGUGCUCACCCCUUGAGAAAAUGUUAUGCUACAGCUUGAACGUGUAAAAUGCUUAAUAAUUCUCAACAUAGCUGCCAUAAAUCGGGUGAUAGGGUGGUGUGCCUGAGCUGGGUGGAUGGGUGUAGCACUGUUCACUGCACAGAACAGAUUGUCCCCUGUCAUUAAAACCAGAUGAGCUGCAGAACCCCCAGUAGCUGUGCACGAGACCCCAGCUUCACACUGAGCACAUCAGGCUACGGUAGGCGCCCCAACAUGAGAGCUGUGUCAUUUGCCCACUGACUGUUAACAUGAUGGCUUCAGGAUUCGGAACAAGGUGAAGUUGCAAGGUGAUCAGAAUAAGAGCAUUCUUUCUUUUUUUUAAGCGAGAGAGCAAGAAUUAGAGAGAAAGACAGAGGGAGAGAGAGAAUUGGCGUGCCAGGGCCUCCAACCCCUGUCAUAGAACACCUCGUGUGUGCUAUGCGACCUUGCGCGUUUGCGUCCCUGUGCGUCUGGCUUACGUGGGACCUGGAGAGUCAAACAGGGGUCUUUAGGCUUCACAGGCAAGCGCCCUAACCGCUCAGCCAUCUCUCCAGCCCGAGAGCAUCCUUUUCUGAGCAGCGCCAGACUUAUGUGAAACUGAAACUUGCCCUGCCAUGGUGUGAGAAGCCGGGACAGCUGCUUGUGUCACUGACGCAGAGGGACUGGUGCUCUUCUAUCUCAGCCCUCUUUGAUCAGAUACCGUUUUCUUUACUGCGUCAGAAUUCAGCUGUUUUGAGACAAGACUGGAAUGUAACUUAUAUCUAAUGUAACUUUUAACCUAGGAUUAUCUGCUCUGGAUUUAUUGUGACGGCACAGCAGAUAAGCCUUAGAGAUUUUCUGGUCUUACAUGACUGUGUCCAGUGGAAAGAUCUGGACUUUCAUUGAAAAAAAAAAAAAUGUAAGAUUCUAUAUAACCAACAAUGCCCCAAUCUAAACUUUCAGAAUCAUGCCCAAGAAGAAGAAUAUGUCAGAAUAGAAUUACUUUGGCCUAGGUAUUUUUAUGUUGACAAGAUUAGGGAUGAAAUCUGUUAUUUUAAUAUACAAAUUCAGAGGUUUGGAAAGACUGGAAUAGUUUAUAUAGUUUAUAUUAGACUUUCUUAAUACCUCAAGGAUUAGGUUGACUAUAUUAAUACAAACUAUUUUUACAGCUAGAUUCUGACUUUUUUUUUUAAGAUGACACCCUGUUUUAGAAUACUUUGAAUGGUAAGAGAAAAAAAAAAUCUUCAAGUCAAUAUUUUGUUUAAAAUAUAUUUUGGAGAAAAAAACAAAACAUUAACCUGAACGUUAGUCUAACCAAGGAAAAUUUACCUAAAUAGGUAAAGAUAUGCUGUCUGUCUUCAGUGAACUGACUCAUUCAUUGUGUGUCAUAGAAAGAAUCCAAAAGCUAUGAAAAUAAUUACUUAGAUGGUUAUUCUGACAUUUUUACAGCAUAUUUUUUUUUCUAUUCUGAAAAUAUUAUUUCAAGCCGGGUGUGGUGGCACAUGCCUUUAAUCCCAGCACUUGGGAGGCAGAGGUAGGAAGAUUGCCAUGAGUUCAAGGCCAUCCUGAA